UUAAGAAACUCAUCUUGAAUAUUCUUUGUAAUAGAGAGUGUUCUAUAUUCCAUAGAGUUAGUAUUGGAAAAUACUUUGAGUGAACCUCUUCUUUGGAGUGAUAAUUGUGAGGUAUUAUCUUGGGAUACUUUUGGAUUAAUUAGCGGUUUAUCUCUAAUUUUAUACUCUCUUUUCUCUUUUGUGUAACCGUUGUUAUAGUAAAUUUGCUCCUCUCCGUUUGUGGAUGUAGGUCCAUACUGACCGAACCACGUUAAAUCUUUGCUUACUUUAUUUUCUUAACCUACAGUUACUAUUGUCUUUGUUAUUGCCAUUAUAACGCUCCUUGGGCUAAAUUCCGAGCUAUUCCGGUUCCCGAUCCUAACAGCUACAGCUUUCAGUUAAGUUCUUACUAAAAAUGGUUUCAGAGUCGAGAUUAGAAGAGCUAAACUUUGUUUUGAUACCUUUACUUGCUGCAAGUCACAUCAUACCCAUGGUGGACAUGGCCAAAUUGUUAGCACAGCGUGGCGUGACAGUCACUUUAGUCAUGACACCUCUUAAUGCUAUCCGAUUCACUGCAGUAAUUGAUUGUGCCAUCGGUUCUGGACUCCUUAUUCGGGUACUUGAACUCCAGUUUCCAGCCAAGGAAGCAGGACUUCCAGAGGGAUGUGAAAGCGCGGACUGUCUGCCUGCACUGGCCUUUAGAAGAAAUUUCUUUGCUGCAAUUGAUAUGCUACAAGACCAAGCUGAAAAGUUGCUUCAAGAGAUGAAGACUAAGCCGAGUUGCAUUAUUUGCGAUACGCAUAUCGCUUGGACAGCUGAGACAGCUGAUAAGUUUCAGAUUCCAAGAAUCAUAUUUGAUGGAAUGAGUUGCUUCACUCAAUUAUGCAUGCAUAAUUUGUACAUCAUGAAGGAUCAAAAUGAAAUUCCUGAAUCAGGGCCUUUUGUCAUCCCAGAUUUACCAGAUAGAAUUGAAGUCACUAAAGCUCAGCUGCCUGGAGCAUUCAAUCCAGGAACUCUUUGCAUACAAGAUAUUCGUGACAAGAUACGAGCAGCUGAAAAUAGAGCCUAUGGGGUUGUGAUCAAUACUUUCGAGGACUUGGAACAAAGGUAUGUGGAUAAAUUCAGAAAACUUAAAGAUUGUAGAGUUUGGUGUAUUGGACCCUUGUCUCUUUGUAACAAUGAAAAUCAAGAUAAAGCUCAGAGAGGGAAUAAGGCCUCAUUUGACAAAGAAGAAUAUUUGAAGAAAUGGCUUGAUUUUUGGCAGCCUGAGUCUGUUGUGUAUGCAUGCUUUGGGAGCCUUGGUCGUAUUACAGUUGUACAAUUUGUGGAGCUAGCUUUAGGCCUGGAAGCAUCAGGCUGUCCAUUCGUUCUAGUCAUAAAAGCAGGGGAAGGACAAGCACCAAUAGAGGACUGGAUAUCGAAAAAUGGAUUCGAGAAAAGAACAACAGAAAGAGGGCUUUUGAUCCGUGGCUGGGCACCACAAGUACUAAUUCUAUCACACCCCACAAUUGGAGCAUUCUUGACUCAUUGUGGUUGGAAUUCGACCCUUGAGGGGAUUAGUGCUGGUGUGCCUAUGAUCACUUGGCCUUUAUUUUCCGAGCAGUUUCUGAAUGAGAGGUUCUUAGUACAUGUCUUGAGAAUGGGUGCGAGAGUUGGAUCUCAAGGAGUUAUGCAUUUGGGAGAAGAAAAGAAAUCUCAAGUCCAAGUGAACAGGGAAGAAGUGACUAAAGCCAUAACAGAAGUGAUGGACAAGGAGGAUGAAGGAAAAGAGAGGAGAAAAAGAGCCAAAGAACUUGGACAAAGAGCAAAAAAGGCAGCGGAAAAUGAUGGAUCUUCUCAUCUCAGCUUAACACUUCUAAUCAAAGAAAUACAAGAAUUUCAACUCAAUGAAUCUUAAAAUGAAUAUGCACUGGUAUGGAACGUACUUUUUUUUAUUAGAAAAUGCUAGGAGCAUUACCUUUUACUGCUUGUGUUUUAAUCUCAAAUAAGGUACAUGAAUCAAAUAUGAAACAAUACUUUAGUUCAGACAGUCUGCAACUUGUGACACCAAAAAGUUGAUAUGAAUUGUAAAGGUA